GUGGUGCACUGUGUCCCACUUACACAGGCUCUAUCGGCACUGAUAAUCAGUGCCCUGAUGAUCAGUGCCACCUGUCAGUGCCUAUCACUGCCACAUACCAGUGCACAUAAAUGCCACAUAUCAGUGCUAAUCAGUGCACAUCAAUGCCACAUAGUGCCUACCAGUGUACAUCAAUGCCACAUAGUGCCCAUCAGAGCUGCCUUUCAGUGCCAACUAUCAGUGCCAGUCAGUGCUGCCUAUCAGUGCCCAUCA